AUGGGAGGCUCUAAUAGUCUGUCAAACGUCUUUGAUAUGCCCAACGGUAAGAAACGCAAGGUGAAAGCUCCAAAACAGCAGAAACCAUAUAAUCAAGUUCAACCACUAUCCCUAGGCCAAAACCGAAACGUUGACCAGAGGGAAACAACAAUGAGGCGUAGGGAGCUGACAGAUCAGGAAAGAACGGAACUGCUUCAACGCAUCAUAGAAAACAAUACCCAGACACACCCCUCCGGGUUAAGAGAGUUCAUUUUAGGCUGCUUUCAAUUAGCUGAAAAUAAUAAAUUUGAUCAAAACUCAAACUUGAUUUUGGUCCAACAGCUGAAAGACCUCAUCGGAAAGGCUUAUGUUGAGAAAAAGGAGUUGCGAAAUGAUUGGUGGUCGCAAACGCUGCCUUGUUUGACCAAGAACUCUACGAGCCUGCAGUUGGUGUGUGACGGCCCGCAGAAAGGCCAACCUUUGGCGGUCGUUCCACCGCCUCCUCCUCCGCCUCCAAUCGCCAGUACUAAGAAAAAGCCUCUUCCACCAAGCCCCAUUGAUAGAAAGGGGCCAAAUAGCGCCCCUGGCUUACCACCAGCAGUCACUAACACGAAGAAAUCAGCAGAGGCGGAAAGAAAGAAAAAACGCAUGGAGCGGUUCUCAGCCGUAUCUGCUGCUUCAAAGAAUGAUAGAGCCACAUCGGAUGAAAACUUCGCAAAUUUGAACGCCAUUUCCACUAAUUUUUACAAGUUUGACAAGAACAAACCGGUCGUAGGAAGAUGUCAAACGCUUGAAAAGAAAUACUUGCGAUUGACAUCGGAACCCAAUCCAAAUUUGGUGCGUCCUUUGAACAUUUUGAAAAAAGCCUUUGAUUUAGUGCUGCGAAAGUAUACGCAGAAGGAAGCCUCGUACUCUUAUUUUUGCGAUCAGUUCAAGUCUUUGCGGCAGGAUUUGAGAGUUCAGAUUAUAGAGAAUCAGUUCACUUUGAAAGUGUAUCAAACGCAUGCCAGAAUAGCGCUAGAGAACAACGACAUUGGGGAGUUCAAUCAGUGCCAAAGCAGGCUGGGGCAACUUUUUGAGCUUCCAAACUUGACUAAGUCAAACUUGGAGGAGUUCGUGGGUUAUAGAAUACUAUAUCAUUUGAUGAUGAACAAUCAUAACUCAAUCAAUGAUUUGAAAUUGAAGUAUUCGCGGAGUGAAAACCUGGCCAUUUACAGGCACCCGAUAGUCAAGCACGCUUUAAACCUGGCGAAAUCGCUUCUAGUAGGCGACUAUCACGCCUUUUUCAAACUCUACGCAAACACUUCGGGUCCCUCAAAAUGCCUGCUAAACACAUUCGUAAAUCGUGAAAGGCUUCGAGCUCUGGACACCAUCUCUAAAAGCUAUAAUCAAAUCUCUUUAAGCUUCUUGUUUGCAGAGCUUCAACUAGAGAACUACGAAAUAGGCACAGCCUUUUUGCAUCAGCUCGGUCUUGACAAACACAUUGUAGUCAAAGAUAAAGACGGAAGCGAACACAAUGCCAUCCUCAACACCAAGACCAGUAGGUUCUCCAUCAUGCAACAAUAUGAAAAGGCCAAAAAGGUGGAUAUCAAGGGUCAAAUAUAA